AAAAAGUUGAAUAAAUAUAAUCCCUCUCUUCUUAUUUGCUCCAGAUCUGAUCCAAACACCACAAAACAAACACUCCACUCCAUCCACCGGCAGGAUCAUCAACAGGAAUUUAAGUUUUUUCAUAUCAAAUAGAGAUUAUGGGUCGUGGAGUAAGCAGCGGUGGGGGGCAGAGUUCUUUGGGGUACCUUUUUGGCAGUGGAGAGGCUCCAAAACCUACUGCAAACACUAGUGAAGCUCCCAAGGUCCAGGCAGAGGUUGCAAAGCCUACUGCUGCUGCACCAUCAGCCGCUGCACCAUCAGCCAUUGCACCAUCAGCCUCUCCACCAUCAGGAGAUGCCGGUAAGCAGAUUCCGGCUGGGGUUCCUGGGAACAAGGCUAACAACUACUUCCGUGCUGAUGGCCAGAACUGUGGCAACUUCCUCACUGAUCGGCCUACAACUAAGGUGCAUGCAGCCCCUGGAGGUGGAUCUUCCUUGAAUUACCUAUUCGGCGGUGAUGGUAAAUGAGAGGCCUCAGGUUUCGAAGUCAAAACGUAUGGUAACUGAUGUUUUAGGGGCCUUUAAAGUUGAGGCAAACAAUAUCUAAAUAUUUUAGAUAGUGGUGUUUCUAUUUGUGUUGCGCAUAAUAUGUGGCACUUAUCCGGGAGCGGAAUGUUGGGUUCUGCUCAAAUGCUUAAGACUUUUCAAACUUUGAACGUGUAAUACGUGACAUCUUCAGUAUUCAAUUCAGCAUUUGCUUAUCGUCAAUUGAACAAA